UAUAGGCUAAUCAGUCUAUACUGUAAUCAUCCAUACAAUUCUUUUGUUAUCAGUUGCACCGUUAGUAUUGUGAUAUCGUAUCUCGAAAUUUCAAAUUUUACAGGCUAUCUUAAUUGCAGGAUAAGUUUAUUACAGUACAUGGACCAAACGGAAACAUUUAUUAUGAGCCGGCCAAGAAGAGUAACCCGUUAUCACAAUGCCAUCUACCCAUACGAUCCAGCGUCUCUACGUGUGGUCAACUCCAUACCUGCAGUGCACAAGAGCAGUCAGAAGUUGUCGUCCGAACUCAAUAGGACCGUUGCUCAACUGUCACACAGUGUUGAGUCUCUUCGUAGCGGACUUCAUGGCAGCCUUUCCUAUGAGCAAUUUAUGGCAGAUAUGCUCUACCACGACGAGGUCGUACUGGCUAAUCGACAGUUUUUGCAGUAUGCCUUCGUAACAUUCGAACUGCUGGCGAAUCACGGUAGUCCAGUGCUGCCACAUAAGAAAACUAUGACGCAAGGAAGAGCUUUCCUGACCAACCGUAGGCUAAUUGUACUGAGCAACGAAGGGACAUGCAGCACAGCGGUUGCUGGAGUUGCUUAUACCGGAACGAAACCGAGUAAAUACUCGGUGAAGUGCGAGGCUGGUGACGCUUUCCAUUACCAGUACCUGCCACUGAGCAGCAUUCGAGCUGUCGAAUUUGAUGCCAUCAUUGGUGCAUCGAUGUCUACAUACAUUGACAGCCAGGAAGCGUGUUGCCUCUUAAAGAUGCUCAGUUGGCUCGGGCAUGCGAUGUGUCUGCGAAGCUGGAAUGAGGUAGGCCGUGUUUCAAACCCAUCUUUAAACCAACGCGUUCUUAAAUUGAGUGUGGACCUUCCGCCGUGGGGAAAUCCGUGCAUUGUGUCAAUCUAUGUACAGCCCACUGUCAGCAUGCUACUUGUUAAAGAAUUUCUCCGUGACUUACAAUCAUAUUCGCCAGCGAUGAAAAUCAAAUCUUGUGAGAAAGAGGCCUAGACACGAACGAGAUCAAUAUAGAGUAGUUUUCUGAUUGCUUUUCUUAUCCAAAUUUAAAUUUGCACUUAAUGUUAUAUUUCACUGAUAGGUGUUGCUAUGCUAACAUAAUUUAGAAAAGUUGAAUAAUCUUAUAACAAAAUUGUUUUAGAAAAAAAAAAAACUUUAAAUCUUGCGAGAAAGAGGCCUAGACACGAACGAGUCCAAUAGUGUUUA